GAGUGGCUAUGUCUGAACUGUCAGAUGAAAAGAGCAGUUGAAGCAUCUGAGCCUCCAGGGCCUCCCAAAAUGAAGUCUCAAACUGCUCCUGGUAAAGUUCCUUCACCUGCAGCAGCCCAGCUGAAGGACUCUUCCCAACCAAUUACAUCUCAAAAGACAGAAACCUCCGUACCAGUCUUACCACAGAGGAAACCGUCUACAGCAUCGUUGCAGACAGCCAAACCAGAGGCUGCAACUUUACCACAAAAACAGGACAGCCCAGCGCCUGAUCACAAAAAAGCACAGGAAAAUCAGAGGGUGGGUUCAAAGGAGCCACCAAAAGAAGAAAAUCAAGGUGAACAUAAACAGAGUAGCACAAUAACUGCUACACAGCCAGAAUCAAGAGGCUUUUUUGGUUCAGGUGGUAGUAAAACCCAACCAGAUGCUCAAAAGCCUGCAGAGUCAGUUACCGGGAAGAUGUUUGGCUUUGGUUCUUCUAUCUUCAGCUCUGCAUCUACUUUGAUAACCUCAGCUAAUGACCAACCCAAAACUACACCACCAGUUUCUCCCAAGUUGUCUGCUGCAAAAGAUAUAAAGUCUCCUGAUGCUCAGAAGCUUGAGCAGCAGAAGAAAGCACAGCAGUCCAAGGAGACCAGGACAACUGCAUCAGAAAAGGUUGAGGUUGCCCCAUCAGAGUCUUCAAAGGCGAUAGAAGCUUCCCAAGUACCUGUCAAACCAAGCCAGUCUACCUGUCCACUCUGUAAAGUCGAACUCAAUAUCGGUUCCAAGGAUCUCCCAAACUACAGUUCCUGUACUGAAUGCAAGAACACUGUCUGUAAGCAGUGUGGAUUUAACCCUAGUCCAAAUGACACAUUGGUGAAGGAGUGGUUAUGUCUCACCUGCCAGAUGCAGAGGGCUCUCGGAGACACAAAGUCUCCACAUGUAGCUCCCACCAACUUGCAAAUAUCUGCAAGCCCCAAAGACGUCACCGGCCCAACUGAGCCUGAAAAGAAAGAGCCACCAUCAAGAGACUUAUCUCAAAGGAAACCAUCUGUACCAGCACAGCCAGAUACAGUUGAGACUGCUAAAGAGCAUGGAGGUCCAAAACAGCUCAGCCCAGCUACUUCUCAAAGAAGGCCACAGGAGCCCCAGAAAACACCCGGUCCCAACAAAUUAUUUGAACAGCCAAAGCAAACUGAACGUAAACAGAGUAUUGCCCCAGAAGUGACUUCGCAAGAGUCUGGAAACUUCUUUGGGUUUGGUUCGAGUAAAACUCAACCUGAUGCUGUAAAACCAGCAGAGUCAGUAACCGGUAAGAUGUUUGGCUUUGGUUCUUCUAUCUUCAGUUCUGCAUCUACUUUGAUAACCUCAGCUGUUGACCAGCCCAAAAUUACUCCACCAGUUUCUCCAAAGAUGUCGCCUGCAAAAGAGAUUAAAUCCCCUGCUGCCCAGAAAAACGAACAACAGAAGAAGCCAGAACAACCCAAACAAACACCUCAAAAAGUCCAGGCCAAAGGGGACAAAGCUCCAUCAGAGACAUCAGUAGUCCCCCAAGCCACUGUCAAACAAGGCGUGUCAACCUGCCCACUCUGUAAGCUUCAACUCAACAUUGGGUCCAAGGAUCUUCCCAACUACAAUACCUGCACCGAAUGCAAAAACGCUGUCUGUAACCAGUGUGGAUUUAACCCCAUGCUAAAUGUGUCAGAUGUAAAGGAGUGGUUGUGUCUCACUUGUCAGAUGCAAAGGGCUCUUGCAGCAUCUGAAUCGUUAGAGCCUCCAUUGAUGAAACCUAAGGCAUCCCCCAACAAAGUGUCCUCAACUGCUGAUGCUCAUAAAGAUGCACCUGCGCAUCAAAAGAAAGAGAUUAUUUCUGCACAAAAAAUUGUGCCUGACAAAAUCCAGGGCAAUCCAACACCGGGUGCCCAGGAAAUUAAAGAAGAAACUAUAUCCACACAUCAAAUGGAUAGUACUCAAACAACUACCACUGACAAGCUUGUUGCAAAAGAUUCCCAAGAUUCUGUUUCAGCCCCAACAAACGAUGGAAAGGUUACAAGGGAUGCAAAGGCUAUUCCCACCUCCCAUGCACUUCCUGGUAGAGAGACAACUGCUGUGGUUUCAGACUUGAAUAAACCACUGCCUGCUAAAACUCCUCCUGUCACCACAGAAACAAAAGAUGAGAAAUCUGUUUCAGUGCAGAAAUCCGUUGAACAACUGAUCACAUCCCAUGAUAAAGUCCAGCCCCCAAAAACAUUGAGCAAGGAAUCAAGUACUGUAGAAAAAUCACUAGCCAAAUCUGCCCCUCCAUCAACACAGCAAGAAAAUCAAGAUUCAGGAGGUUUCUUUGGCUUUGGCAGUCCUAAAUCUCCGAGAGCUUCCUCAAAAACAACUGACGCAGUCACUGGAAAGAUGUUGGGAUUUGGUUCAUCCCUCUUUAGCUCAGCAUCCAGCUUGAUAACGUCUUCAGUUCAGGAGGAGUCCCGGACAACACCACCAAGUUCCCGCAAAAUGUCUGCUCCAGCUCAAGUUUCUGACAAAAUGUUAGCAUCACAGAGGUCCAGCCCUCCUGUUUCACCCAGGAUGACUUUAGCAAAGGAAAAAUCUUCUGCUCCUGAGGUACCAAAUCUGGAAAAGAUUCCUAUCCAACUUCAGCAGACCGAGGCUCCUUCGUCAGAAAAGGCAAAAGUGAACAAUGUUCCAGCAGAAGCCUACCAAGCUGCUCCCAAAGUGGACCAGUCUGUCUGUCCACUCUGUAAGACAGAACUGAAUAUGGGCUCUAAGGAUCUUCCCAACUACAAGACAUGCACUGGAUGCAAAUCCACUGUCUGCAGUAAAUGUGGCUUUAAUCCCAUGCCAACUGCAACAGAGCAGAAGGAAUGGCUUUGCCUCAACUGCCAGAUGCAAAGGGCCCUAGGAGCUUCUGAACCUCCAGGCCUCCCCAUGAUAAAACCCCAACCAUCACCAAGCAAAGAGGUCCCUGCCGAAACUCAGCAGAAAGAGACACCCAUGUUAAUUUCUCAGGAUGACACCCCUAAAUCUCCCGCAACCUUGACUGAGCUAGACAAUGUAGCUCAGACCAAAGAAACCACAACUUCAGCCCUUGAUGCAUUAACAAAGACAGAGGCCCCUCCAGCGGUUCCAUUGUCAGACAAAGCUGUUGCAUCAACUAUAACAAAGACUGAUGUCUCACCAAUCCCUUCUACAGAGACAACCAAAGGAAAGCCUGGUGCGCCUCAGCAGCAAGCCCCUAAAGUUGCGACUUCUACUGCUAAGUCUAUUCCUCAAACAGAUCCAAAGGCAGGACAGCCAGCACAACAAAAGCUGCCACAAGCUGUGACUUCUAUCGCCAAGUCUGCUCCUUCACCUGAUCCAGUAGUGAGAAAGCUACCCCCACAACAACCUGCAAAAGCUGGUACCUCUCCAGCAAAGUCUGUACCACCGUCAGCUCAGUCUCCAAAACCGGAGUCAGGAGGCUUCUUUGGCUUUGGUGGUCCUAAAACAACGCCAUCUGCAGCAAAGUCUGCUGAGUCGGUGACUGGAAAGAUGUUUGGCUUUGGGUCCUCUUUCUUAAGCUCUGCAUCGACUUUAAUAACCUCUGCUGUCCAGGAUGAACCUAAAAAUACACCACCAUCUCCACGUAAAAUGUCAGCUGCAGCCCAUGUUUCUCCUAAAACUACACCACCAGCAUCUCCUAAAACGUUGCCUGCAAAGGAUAUCAAGCCACCUGCUUCUCAGACACCUCAGCAGAAGAAACCAGAUGAAUCACAACAGGAGAAGACUCCUUCCAUAGAACAAGCCAAAGUAAUUAAAGUUCCACCAGAGCCACCCAGCACACCAAUGGAAAGCAAAAGUGCUCCCAAAGCAGAACUAUCCAUCUGUCCUCUCUGUAAAAUUAAACUAAACAGGGGCUCUAAAGAUCCUCCAAACUACAACACUUGCACAGAGUGCAAGACUAAUGUCUGCAACCAAUGUGGAUUUAAUCCCAUGCCAAAUGUGGCAGAGGUAAAUGAAUGGCUUUGUCUCAACUGCCAGAUGCACAGAGCUCUAGGGGCAUCUGAGCCUGCUGGACGCCCUGUAGUGAAACCGCAACAUUCCCCAGGCAAGGUUCUUACACCUGGCUCUGAACAGAUGGAUAAACCAGCAGUAAUCCAGAAGGAGAAGCCCUCAGAGUCACCAGUAGUCAAAAAGGAGAUCCCUCAGGCAACAUCCCAAAGAGGAGAAACCCCCAAAGCUGAGGCUCCUUUGCCAACUGCAGUUCCAAGGACAGACCCACCAGGACAAGACUCUUUGCAAAAGACACAGAUCCUUUCAAGUACUGAGAAAGGACAUGGUAAGGAUGUGGCUAGCGAGCAGAAGAAGUUUGAAGAAAACGCUCCAAAGGUACAGCCUCCUCAAACUACUGUGCCAGUAAUCAAGGCAGGUCCUACAAAACAAGAAGUUGUAAAAUCGCCACAACAGCCCUUAAGAUCUGCUACCCCUCCUGUCAAAUCUGCAACACCAGCAGCUCAGCCUGCUAAACAGCAAGAAUCCGGAGGCCUCUUUGGCUUUGGUGGUCCUAAAACUCAACCUGCUGCUGCAAAGUCAGCUGAGUCAGUGACUGGGAAGAUGUUUGGUUUUGGUUCAUCUCUCUUCAGUUCUGCAUCUACAUUGAUUACAACGGCUGUUCAGGACGAACCUAAAUCUACCCCACCUACACCGCGUAAGAUGUCAAUUACAACCCAAGGCUCUCCUAAAUCGACCCCACCUACGCCGCGUAAGAUGUCAAUCACAACCCAAGGCUCUCCUAAACCUACACCUCCAGCUUCACCCAAGAUGCCCUCCGUAAAGGAGACCAAACCACAGACAUCUGAACCACCUCAAAAAGCCAAGCCCAAUGAACAGGCAAAAGAAGUGAAAGCUUCACCUAUGGAAGUGAAACAAGUCGCUCCUAAAGCUAGUCUGUCCACUUGCCCUCUUUGUAAAGUAGAACUCAACAUUGGCUCCAAGGACCCUCCAAAUUACAACACCUGCACUGAAUGCAAGAACACUGUGUGCAGUCUUUGUGGAUUUAACCCCAUGCCUCAUACAUCAGCAAAGGAGUGGCUAUGUCUGAACUGCCAGACUCAAAGGGCAUUGUCGGGACAGCUGGGCGACUCACGAAAAAUGUCCCAGCCAUUACCUGUAUCCGCGAAGCCAGAGACCUCAGCCCCUCCUGCAACCGCAAAGCCCCAAACUCCCCCUACCAAGGCAGAGCCAAAACCUUCAUCUGCAAAAUCCCAGCCCACAACAGACCCCAUCAAGGCAAUACCAACAGUCCCGGGCCCAAAGGCAAAGAUGGAGCCAACAUCUGUCGUGUUAGAAACUACACCCACAGCAGCAUCCACACAAAUCGAGGUCAAGACUGCAGUCAUACCCACAACAGCAAAGGCUUCACCUCUUAUAUCAGAAAAACUUCCUUUAGCAACAUCCAAAACCGAAGUAAUUGAAUCCCAGGCCCUAAUGAAGCAGACAGUAGAAACACCAAUAGGGGAAGUACCAAACACAGAAGUUCCCAAGACUGAAACAGUCGUUAAUAAGGAGGCAGUGAAAUUGGUUUCCAGGGUGACAGAAAUUCCGAAGGCUGAAGAGUCUAAACCUGACCUUUCAACAAUCAAAGCUGAAGUACAUGAAGCAGAGCCUCUUUCUAUUCCAGUGACUGCAGCUACAUCUGUACUGACUCCCACUAUUUCUGAAGAGGUUGCUACAACUGUUCCAGGGAUUGAAACAAAGCCAGAAUUGUCUGCUCCAGAGAGGAUUAUUAAGGAAGUGCCGCAGGAUGAUCACAUCAAACAGAUAGAGCCAACAAAGUCUUUACAGCAAGAUGAAGUGCAACCAAUAUCAGAAGAAGCACAGCGGGUAUCAGAAGUAGAGCCUGGCAGCAAGAAAGUGGCAGAGAAGCCAGUUGGAAACAUAGCUGACGUGACCAUAACUCCAGAAAAACAUCCAGCUCCUGUCCAGCUUCUGUCCAACAUCAUAAAAGAGCAAGAUGACAGCAACAAAGAACUAAAUACUGAGCAGAUUACACUGGAAAACAAAGCUGAUCCUGUGACAGCUACUAAGCCUACUUCAAAAGGAGAAGAGCAUGAUGAAGAACCCCAGAUUUUACCCAUAUUCCAGGAAUUAAAGGAUGGGCAGAUGGUUAGUGAUACAAGUAAAAAUAAUGAAAACACAGAUACAUCCUCAACCGUGAAGGAGGCGGUUAUAGCUGAAAGGAGACGUCUAACUUUUCAAGCAAUGGAAGAGAGCAGUGAAAGUGACGUCACACCCUCACCCUCACCAAAAGUCCAGAGGAGAAGGCUGAAAGUUAGUAAUGUUUCUUCAAGCAGUGAAGACAAAACUGAAAGCGCUGACUCCAACAUAGAAGAUGAAGAGUUCAUCCGCAGGCAGAUAAUGGGCAUGGGUGAUGACGAAGAAAUGUCUCUUUCAGAAGAUGAGAAACAAGAGCAUAUAAAAAAUGAAGAUGUCAUCAAGGAGGCUGAGCUUGAAAAUGCUUCAGUGACAGUCGAAUCACUGUCUAGAAAGAGUAGCACAGAAAAUGCAGGGAGCCUAGCAGGGGCAAUAACCACUAAAAUAGAAACUACAACUAUAAAAGAGGCUACUGAAACAUCGACUAACAUUGCUUUUAAGAAAGCUAUUCCUGUCUUUAGAACAAAACCAAGCACUGAUGAAGAAGUAGAGAGCAUCACAGAAUCCCUUUCAAAGGGCUCAUCUAGUGUUCAGGUAUCUGGCUUUACUCCAAGAUCUUCUCCUACAUCAGCUUCAUCUCUGGAGGAGGACAGUGAUAGCAGUCCAAGUCACAGGAAGGUCAAAGGGGACAAACAACAUCGCAAAGGUAAACACAGGCAGCCAACCCAGCCUCUCCCUACAAUUGAGGACUCAUCCGAGGAAGAAAAGAUGAAACAGAAAGAUAAGUCUAGGAAAGACAAAGAUGACGUCAGGACCCAUGGCAAAAUACUUUCUCCAGCUGGAGAUGCUUCCUCCUCAGAGGAUCUGAGACAGGUAACAGUUAUCACUGACACAAGUAGAACAUCUGGCUCUGAGUACUCUGCCAGUAUGGAAUCAGAAACAGACGCUAGGCGAGCAGUACAGAGAGGACGUAAGCCUUCACCAACAGUGAUACCAUACACUCCCCCGGAUCCAUUUGAAAAUAUGUAUACAGCUGCAAAAUCAUUGAAGAGUGCAGAGGAAGCAUAUGAGGAAAUUAUCCAGAAGACAAGGGCUAUUCCAGGGGAGAGUCCUCCUGAUAUUGAGCCACUCUAUGGAGGAAUGGCAAUAGAAGACUACCUUUAUGAAUCCUUAGUGGAGGAGCCUGAUCUGAAGAUGAGUGAACUGCAAGAGGAAGAACCCAACCCUGACAAUGUCUCUGACAUGAUGAAAAAACUCAGGUCCCCAGAGGAGGUUUAUGAGGAGAUGAUGCAAAAAAAGAGAGAACUGAUGAUGAUAGAGCAAGAGUUUCAACAGGCCCAGACUGCCAUGGAAACUUCCUCACCAGAGGUCACUGAUCCUAUGGUGAUUGUUGACACCUGUGUGGUGACAAUACCAACUGAAGGGACAUCACUUACUGGACAAACUGAUGUACUUUUCACAAGUGAUGCAACUUCCAGUGAAAUGCCAAUCAAGAAAAAGAAAAGGCCAGCUCCACCACGCCCCACUGAACCUCCUAAGCGUUCCGAGGGGACUGCUGUUACUAGUACUCAGAGUGUGUCUAUAGGUUUUGUUAGGCCUAUGGUCCCCCAAGAUCCGGCACUCAGAAAGGCAUUGUUCCCCAUACCAGACCUCAAGAUUACCCAAUGUUCUUCUGGGGAGGAAGAAGAUGAUAGUCUUGCUGAAGAAUAUGGAGUUGGUUUUUCCUCUGACAUUACACCCAGUGAUGACUCUGAGACUAAAGAAGAGCCAUCCAUUAGCCCACCUUUGUCUGAUAUAGCUGAUAUUGAGCCCAUCUCUGUGGUCUGUGAAGUUCCACAGCCAAAACCUAUUCCGACACCAAUAUCAGCACCAGAACUAACCACGACACCUUCCCCUGUAUCACCAGUGUCUCCUCCAACUUCACCAGCAACUCCAGAUUCCAGUUUGGCUUCUAAUGCUACAUCUUCAUCACCAUUUCAAGCUCAAACACCUCUUUCAUCAGACUCAACUCCACUGUCUACACCAACACCUCCAACUUUAUUUUUAACUAAAUCAAUUCCAGAAAUCUUGCCACCUUCUUCUGACACAGUUUCAGCAGUAUCAACUAGCAGGGAUUCAGUCUCUGAUCAUUCUCCAGCUGCAGUUAUAGUUACUAUACCAGAUGUGGUGUCUGAUCCAUCUAAAGCUCAAACAGCUCAAGGUCAACUAAUGUCUAUUGCAGGUGAAGCCCCAGCAUUAGCCCUAGUGGAAAGGCCUUCUCUGGAACCUGUUGUAGUUGAAAUGCCAGACUUAGUGUCGUCUCCCUCUCAGGUGCCCUUCGAGGCUUCAUCUUUUACACAGGUCUCAGCACAGAGUCCAGCACCAACAGCACUAGUGGCAGCAAGCCCUGUUGCAGUCUCCACCACAGCUUCAGUCCACAUUGUUUCUGCAUCUGUUACUCUGGCCCCAGGACCAGUCAUAGUCCAGAUGCCUGACCUAGUUUCAACCACAUCUCCAAUCUCUGCACAAGCCCCACCACCAGUCUCAGCACUUAUUACUACCCCAGCUCCAACCGAAGCUAGAGUGGUACCCUCAGUCCCAAUACAACCUUCUAUUCCAGCUAUGCGUCAAGGAGUAGUCCCAGUUCCCACUCAAACAGCUCACGGGCCCGGGUCAGCUCCAGCAUCAACUACUAUAAUCAAAAAGAAGGUUCCACCCCCACCUCCCCCUCGGUCUACUUCAGUGUCAUUACCUGAGCCUACCUCAGAGUUGCCACUUGUUAGGGCAGUUCAUCAUGCCACCCCUACUAUGACCACCACCUUAGCUAUGGGAGCUACAGUAUCUGGUCAGCCAAUGCAGUCAGUUGUUGUGGACAUACAGCCAAGAAUGGAUGACUUACAGUCAGAUAAUGUGGCUGUACGUCAAGUAGUUACCCAAACAAGACAAGGGCAUGUAGUCUUUAUAGUGCCCAGUGGGGAAAACUUAGCUUCCACUCCUUCUAUUCCACAAACUAGUCAAAAAGCCACACAACCUUCCCAAAAUAUACCCAGUAUAUGUUCAGCUUCAUUAGCCAGUAAAGUGUCAGCUUCAGCUCCAACACUUCCCCCUAAACCUAUUACAAAAGUUGUAGAUGCAGUAGAAGUACCAGUGGCAGAUACACCUCCACCAGCUCCCAGCACUUUACCCAGGCCAACUGUUUAUCCAAAGCCUUCUGUUGUUAUGACAAUUGCUUCAACAACAUUGCCACGUGUUUCUGUUACAUCAGGCCCUAGUCAAACCACCAAGCCUCCUCCACCCAUACCACCAAAGCCUAUAUCAAUUCCAGCUGGACUGGUUUUCAGCCAUAAACCAGGAGAGAGUGUCAAGCCACCUCCUCAUGUGGUUCCUAAAGCUGCAACACUGCCCAGGACUAAAGAACCUCCAAAUGCUCUGUCACUUAGCCUCACACGCCCUGUGGAGUCAAAGCUGGGCGCAACAUCUCCGAAGUCACCCUUGUCUCCCAGACAUGCAAAAUGUUUACAAACCUAUGUGGUGAUAACCCUUCCAUCUGAGCCUGGUUCACCAACAGAGGGAAUAACAGUCCAGGCACCUGUAAGACGUGGCUCCAUCCCAUCUACAAAAGUGUCAGGGGUACGUGCCACACCAGUAGAGCAGAAAACACCAACUGAUGCAUUUUCAGCACAAGCUGCAGUCAGAAGAGCCUCUGUCCCCACUGUAAGGCAUCAACCUCCGAUACCCGCAGCUCAAAUUGUGGCAGUAGAGCAAGUGACACCCUUAGAGGUAGUAGCUGUUAAAGCCAGGAUAGACUCUGUACCUUCUGAUGUGCAACCACAACUAUCUUUUGCAUCAGGUCAUGAUACACCUAUUCAGUUACAAAGUGUGCCUGCUCCAAUUAAGAAACCAUAUGUCGAACAACAAUCAGAUACUCAGCAACUUCCACCAACUAAAAUGAUCUCCGAGGAAAUAACAAUGCCCCAAGAGCAAGCCACAGCAGGAGCAUGGUCUAAACCAUCUGUUGAUCAUCAUCAAAAUAUAGCCUCAGAGGCCAUAACAGUUCCACCUGAGGCUUCAGCUCUAGGACUAUUUCCUGCAGUCCCCAUUCAAACUUUUCCCUUGCAUCAACAGCCUGUGACAGAAGUUGUUGCUAUGCCAGUCCACUCUGGGGUACCAUUGCAUGUAAUUGUUCCCCAAAACAGACAAGCUGCAGUCCCCUCAACUGUUCUUUACCCUCGAGAAGAAACUCAAAUUGAUAUACCAGAAAAGGAUCAGGAUAUACCUACUGAUGUCAUUGUGACUGACAUAGUUAAUAUAAGAUCACCAGUACCAGAACAUAAACAGCAAGUUCCUGUUCAACAGCAACAUGUGAUAGCUGAAGUGACAUCCAACUCCAAAGAGCAAGAAUUACCAACAGGUUCAAACAUAAUUGACAAUUUUUCUGGAAUUCAAUCAGCACCACAAACUGUUCAGCCUCUAGAAGUUCUGCCCUUCGUUACAGAGCAGCUAUCUAUGCUGCAACCCCAUCUUGCUGCUGAAGCUGUGACCCUCCCUUCAACGUUUGAAUUACCUCGAGAAGUUAUUUCAACUGAUACUAUUGUAAGAAUACCAACAGUAGCAACUGUUCCUCCAGUGUGGCAACCUCCAAAUUUAGUAGCUGAAGUUACCCCAACACCAGACAUAGCUAAGAUAAUGCCACAAACUACAGUUCCUUACAUGACCACUCCUACAGUUAAUCAAGUCAUACCAUCACCUCUUGGGAUAGAAAUCCAACAACAGGAAUUACCUGAUACUUACAUGCCACAGGUCCAUGGAGCAAAUGCAUCCUCUAUCAUGUCCCAUUCAGCAGUGCCUCUGGAGAUCAUAGCUUUGCAGCCUGAGCGUGAGACACCCACAGAAAUUAUAACCGAGGAUAUUGAUAUAAGAAGGGCUUCAAUACCGCCGAUGGUGCAGCCUCUGACUGGGAUGCCAUGCGGAGUCAUUAAAACCGAGGAAACCACGAGUCGGAGAAGGACAUCUAUAUCAUCCAUAGUUCAGCCCUCAUACACCUCAAGUGACAUGUUUACCUAUCCCUCAGCAUAUGAAAUACCGACAGAGGUGGUUGCAACUGAGGACUUUGCUGCCACCAGAAGAGAAUCCAUAACUAUGCAGCCAAUAUUACCAUUGGCACAGGUCAUAAACUUGCCAGCUGAGAAAGAUAUUACUACUGAUCGUCAUCCUGUUCAGUUCCCCUACAGAAUUCCUUCAACAGAACAAAUACCACAGACAUUAAACUAUCCAUCAGAGUAUGAUCACCCUCUCGAGAUAAUAACCACUGAGGCAUACACUAGAAGAACCUCAAUGCCAACCUCACAAAACAUUCCACAGGGUGUAUCUGUGGCACCAGUCACUAUCACUAAAAUUCAACAAGAGUCUAUCGAGAGUCAAGAGAUUCGAGGACCAGAAAAAGUGGUGUCCAGUAUGAGCCACAUGUAUUCAUCUUCAAUUUCAACUUCAGGCCAGCCUCCUGAAAGCCUGCCUAACCUGGUCACUCAGGUGGUCACCACUGAGGUCCAGAGGACCACCGUUUCUGUGGUCCAUGAAAGACUCCCACAGGCCCCUCCAUCAAGUGUAGCAAUAACCAUACAACCAGACAUAGCUAAAGUCCAACCUCUGCCAAAACAGAAUGGGAGGAUAAUCUACCCUGGGGAUGUUAUUGAUUUACGUACCAUGAAGGUUGGACUAAAGAUGACUGAACAAGGUAUGGACCUGACACCACCCGAGUCAUGUCGACAUUCUGUUUCAAGUGAUUCUAGUUUGCGUCAAAUUACAGCAGUGCAGCCUGAGAUAGUGAAUCUUAGUGCAGAACUCACACCUGCAACUACACUGUCUGUUGUCACUGACAGCAUAACAAUAGUCACAUGUACAGCGACCAUUUCCUCAUAUAACAACACACCAGCAGAAAAACCACUUGAUUUGCAAGGCCCUGUUGUGUCAUUACCUCUACCUCUCACCACAUACAAACCAUUUGAACCAUUAGCACAGAUUGUAUACAGACCUGUGACCUCACAGACUGUAACCAGAUCUGUAGCAUCUGCAGCUCAAGAAAUACCAAUGAAUCUUUCCUUUGGAGUCUCCCCAGGAGGAAAGCAACCUAUAUCUCCGGCAAAAGCAGCUAUCAGCAAUGGAGGCCCUGUCCUUUCUCUAGAGGCCACAGGUGCCAUGGAUUUAUCAAACUACAGGCCUGUGCAAGCUAUGGUUGCUUUGUCUGGCACAAGCCCAGGAAUUGUGACUACUAUUGUAGAGGAUGAUGGGACUCCAGUUGACCUUACAGCUGGUAGAAGAAGUGUUUGCUGUGAUGUCAUUUACAAGCUACCAUUUACAGGAAGCUGCAGAACACAGCCCCCAGUCACAUCGCAGCCUGACAACCGUUUUGGCUACAGAGAUGACCACUACCAAUAUGAUCAUGCUGGACAGUAUGGUGUCAAAGGCUUGAAUGGUGUAAAAUCCUCCAUGUCUGAGACUAACCUGACAGAGGCAGGACUGUUCUCCUAUGAUCCCAAGAGUGAAUAUGACUAUCUCAGCGGAUCCACAAAUGGCGCCAUAGACCUCACUGCAGCAAAACUUUCUACCGGUGAGUAGUGGAGCAUUUCUGCACUUUUGUUACCAUCCCCUAAGCUUGCAUCAUGGGCAUGUAUUUAACAGAUUUUUUAUAUUUGUGAUUUUUAUUUGCAAAGUAUUUUUAUUGUUUAUUUCUUUGUUUGUUUUAUCGUUUAUUUUAACAUGCUUUCUUUAAUUGUUCAAAUUUCCUUGUUGGUCAAUAUGCAUGCAUGAAUUUAUUAUUAACAGAAGCUUUUUUUUGUUUUGUUUUGUCUUCAUACAGAUGCAUGCGUGUGCCUGCGUGUUCUCCCUCAAUAUUUUGGUUUUGCAUCUUGCUAGCCAAAAUGCAUGCGCAGUGGCAGUCUUUUGUAAAUCCAAAUUGCAUCACCUUUAAACCUUUACAGAACAUAUUUGUUUCUGACAUUAUAAUGUAAUAAAAAAUAAAAUAAAU